UGAACAAGACCGUAGUGCACUUAAAAAAAGGGAAUGGGAGCGGAGGAAUCAAGAAGUCCAGCAAGAAGAUGAUCUCUUUUCUUCAGGCUUUGAUCUUUUUGGGGAGCCCUACAAGACAAACAAAGGUGAUGCACUUGCCAGCCGAGUCCAGAACACGCUGGGAAACUAUGAUGAAAUGAAGGAUUUGCUAACUAACCAUUCUAAUCAGAAUCAUCUAGUGGGAAUCCCAAAGAAUUCUGUGCCCCAGACUCCCAUCAACAAAAAUGAACCAAGCUUUUUUCCAGAACAAAAGAACCGAAUGAUCCCACCUCACCAGGAUAACACUCACCCCUCGGCACCAAUGCCUCCACCUUCUGUUGUGAUACUGAAUUCAACUCUAAUACACAGCAACAGGAAAUCAAAACCUGACUGGCCACGAGAUACUCAUAAUGCUAGCAUUGUACCGGCCAGCCAGGCUUGUGGUCAGCCAAACAAGAUGCAGCCAUCUACACAGGAGCAGCCCCAAGCCAGACUGGAAGACUUCUUUGUCUACCCAGCUGAACAGCCUCAAGUUGGACCAGUUGAAGAGUCAAACCCGUCUGCAAAGGAAGACAGUAAUCUCAAGUCCAGUGGAGGGGAUACAUUCAAAGAAAUCUUUCAAUCUAACUCACCAGAAGAAUCUGAAUUUACAGUGCAAGCGCCAGGGUCUCCCCUAGUUGCCUCAUCUUUACUAGCUCCCAGCAGUGGUCUUGCAGUUCAAAACUUCCCACCUGCGCUUUACAGCAAGACAAGCGUGGGGCAGCAAAAACCUACUGCUUACGUCAGACCCAUGGAUGGCCAGGACCAGGCACCAGACAUCUCUCCAACACUAAAACCUUCGAUUGAAUUCGAGAACAGCUUUGGGAAUCUGUCAUUUGGAUCACUCUUGGAUGGAAAACCCAGUGCAGCCAGUUCAAAGACUAAACUGCCAAAGUUCACGAUUCUCCAAACAAGUGAAGUAAGCCUUCCCACUGAUCCAAGCUGUGUUGAAGAAAUCUUGCGGGAGAUGACCCAUCCCUGGCCUGCUCCUCUCACUGCCAUGCAUACUCCUGGAAACUCUGAGCAGAACACAUUUUCCAUCCAAGGACAGGAAUCCCAACAUCUGACCACAGGAUUCACCUUACAAAAGUGGAGUGACCCGACCAGCAGAGCUUCUACAAAGAUGCUUGAGGAUGACCUGAAGCUGAGCAGUGAUGAAGAUGACCUUGAGCCUGUGAAGACCUUGACCACUCAGUGCACUGCCACUGAGCUCUACCAGGCUGUUGAAAAGGCAAAACCUAAGAAUAAUCCCGUGAACCCACUCUUGGCUACACCUCAGCCCCCACCUGCAGUGCAAGCCAGCGGGGGAUCCGGCAGCUCCAGUGACUCAGAGAGCAGCUCCGAGUCAGACUCAGAUACUGACAGCAGCACGACUGACAGCGAAUCCAAUGAGGCACCUCGUGUGGCCACUCCAGAGCCUGAGCCACCCUCAACCAACAAGUGGCAGUUGGAUAAAUGGCUUAACAAAGUGACAUCCCAGAAUAAAUCAUUUAUUUGUGGGCAAAAUGAAACACCCAUGGAGACAAUAUCAGUGCCUCCUCCAAUCAUCCAACCAAUGGAAGUCCAGGUCAAAGUGAAGACAACCCCCAGCCAGGUCCUGGCUGAACCCAAAGAGAGGCCUCUCCUCAGUCUCAUCAGAGAGAAAGCCCGUCCACGGCCUGCUCAGAAAACUCCAGAAACAAAGGCUUUGAAGCAUAAGUUGUCAGCAACUAUUGAGACAGCUUCUCAAAGGACAAUUGGGAAAAAACAGCCCAAAAAGGUCGAGAAGAACACCAGCAUUGAUGAGGUUACCUGGCCCAAACCAAAUAUUACCAGCAGCACUCCCAAAGAAAAGGAAAGCGUGGAGCUUCCUGAUCCACCAAGAGGCCGCAACAAAGCCACUGCCCACAAACCAGUCCCUAGGAAAGAACCAAGGCCUAACAUCCCCUUGGCUGCUGAGAAGAAGAAGUAUAGAGGGCCUGGCAAGAUGGUGCCAAAGUCCCGGGAAUUCAUUGAAACGGAUUCGUCUACGUCUGAUUCCAACACAGAUCAGGAAGAGACCCUGCAGAUCAAAGUCCUGCCACCUUGCAUUGCUCCUGGGGGCAAUACUGCCAAAUCCAAGGAAACAUGUGGUGUCAGCCUGACCCUCAGCACCUUAAUCAGCAGCAGCAGCAACAACUUAUCCAUCAGUAAUGAGGAGCCGACUUUUUCACCCAUCCCUGUCAUGCAAACUGAGCUUCUAUCCCCUCUACGAGAUCACGAGAAUCUGAAAAAUCUCUGGGUGAAAAUUGACCUUGACUUGCUGUCUAGAAUACCUGGCCACAACUCACUCCAAGCAACGCCAGCCAAGCCAGACCUCAAGGAGACAUCCUCAAAACCCAAGCGUCAGACUGCUGCUGCAGCUGCAGAAAAACCCGCCCCUAAGGGCAAGCGUAAGCACAAGCCAACAGAAGUUGCAGAGAAAAUCCCUGAGAAAAAGCAACGCCUGGAGGAGGCCACCACUAUCUGCCUGCUCCCCCCCUGCAUUUCACCAGCCCCACCCCACAGGCCUCCCAACACUAAAGAAAAUAAUUCAUCCAGGAGAGCAAAUAGAAGGAAAGAAGAAAAGCUGUUCCCUCCUCCACUUUCCCCACUGCCAGAGGACCCUCCACGCCGCAGAAAUAUCAGUGGCAAUAAUGGUCCCUUCAGUCAAGACAAAAACAUCCCUACAAUUGGACAGAUCACCUCUACCAAGCCUAAGAGGAGUGAAGGCAAAUUCUGUGCUACUUUCAAAGGGAUAUCCGUAAAUGAGGGAGACACUCCAAAAAAGGCAGGCUCUGCCACCAUCACUGUCACCAACACUGCUAUUGCCACUGCCACUGUCACUGCUACUGCUAUUGUCACCGCCACUGUCACAGCCACUGCCACUGCCACAGCCACUACCACAACCACUACCACUACCAUUUCCACCAUCACCUCUACCAUCACUACUGGCCUCAUGGAUAGCAGUCACCUGGAGAUGACGUCCUGGGCAGCCUUGCCCCUUCUGUCCAGCAGCACCACCAACGUCCGGAGACCCAAGCUCACUUUUGAUGACUCGGUUCACAAUGCUGAUUAUUACAUGCAAGAGGCUAAGAAGCUGAAGCACAAAGCUGAUGCGCUGUUCGAGAAAUUUGGCAAAGCCGUGAAUUAUGCGGAUGCAGCUCUGUCCUUCACCGAAUGUGGCAAUGCGAUGGAGCGCGACCCUCUGGAAGCAAAGUCUCCGUAUACCAUGUACUCCGAGACUGUGGAGCUCCUCAGGUAUGCAAUGAGGCUGAAGAACUUUGCAAGCCCCUUGGCUUCGGACGGGGACAAAAAGCUGGCAGUAUUAUGCUACCGAUGUUUAUCACUUCUCUACUUGCGGAUGUUUAAACUGAAGAAGGACCAUGCUAUGAAGUACUCGAGAUCACUGAUGGAAUAUUUUAAGCAAAAUGCUUCGAAAGUCACUCAGAUACCAUCUCCAUGGGUAGGCAAUGGAAAGAACACUCCGUCUCCAGUGUCUCUCAACAACGUCUCUCCCAUCAACUCAAUGGGGAACUGUAACAACGGCCCAGUCACCAUCCCCCAGCGCAUUCACCACAUGGCUGCCAGCCACGUCAACAUCACUAGCAAUGUGUUACGGGGCUACGAACACUGGGACAUGGCCGACAAACUGACAAGAGAGAACAAAGAAUUCUUUGGUGAUCUGGACACGUUGAUGGGGCCUCUGACCCAGCACAGCAGCAUGACCAAUCUUGUCCGCUACGUUCGCCAGGGACUGUGUUGGCUGCGCAUCGAUGCCCAUUUGUUGUAGUGGGUGCUCCCCCAUCUCCAGCAUCACCACUCAUCACUCUACCUCUACCAGAGCACCAACGGUCACUGGUGGAACUCCACUCAUUUGGGAAAGUUCUCUUUGAUUAUGUUUGUUUUUAUGUUUCUUUUGAUAUCUGUGAAAAACAGAAGUCAUUGUAAGUGGACACUACAACUUGAGAACAGUGUGUUUUAUUACUUAGUCAUUUUUCAGUAUUUUAUAUGCAUUUCUCAGAUCCCACCAUCCUUUUGCUUGAUAGAAUGACACAGUCCCUACAGUAUUGUUUUCAAUCCACACUACCCAAAACAAAGAAUGGAAAGAACUUGUGAUGAUAACAGGUUCUUGAGAAAUGAAAUGCGAUGUCUUACAUAAAGAUAUGAGAACUUAGACACAAAGGACCUGCAAAGAUUCAAAUUUUCAGCAAUAGCCAUUCCCCAAACUGUACUUUUAUGUCCAGAAAAGAAGUUUUUCAGAAUCCAUUGUUAAACUUUUGUGGUUCCCACAGACUCAAUCUUCAGGUGAGAAUUUUCAUUGUCAAAACCCACUGGUUAGAGGUUGUAGCAACAUCAUGAACUCAAGAGUGUUAAGAAAAUAAACGAGCAUAGCAAUGCCACUCUUAAGAUGAUACUAUGGCACACAACCAGAGGACUUCUUUUUUAGCAUCCCUUUCCUGAUUCCCUAUUUUUAAAAUUUUAAUGAUGAGAAGGAGUGGCAACAUUUAUUUUGACAACUUAAAGUUAUCAGCUGGCAUAAGUAUUUUGAACUCCAUGAUUUGAAGCAUAAAUUCUCACCUGAGAUUCUCUUUGUGUAAAGUUCUCCUUUUCAGGGGCAGUUUAGUGGGUGCGCGCCCUAGUAGCCAAAACGCUACACUCCAGUUUCACAGAUAAGAGAUAAGAGAGGUCUGGAAAAUGUCCAAGGAAUUCACACCUCUGCCUCUUUUGCAGUUGGUAGGUGGGGCCAUAACUGGCAGGAUUUUUUUAUUGUAUUUUGCUCAAAUCUCUGGAAACAAAAGUCAAGUUAUCACUACCUAGACGUAAUAAUAUACAGUUUGCUUCCUAGUGGCUUUAAAAUCUGGACUUGCCCAAUUAUUCUCAUUCUCUAUUUUACAGGGUUUCUUUUUUUCUUCUUCUUCUUUCUUUUUUCUUUCUUUUCUUUUCCUUUUUUUUGGCUCAUUAGCUUUUGACUGAAAUACAAUCAACGAUUUUAUUCAAGUCUGUAUUAGCAUGAAUCAUUUCAAUGAAAAUUCCAAAGAAAACUCCAAACUCUCUACAUAGUAUCUAGCCUUUUAACAAACAAUGAGUCUUGGGGUAAUGCUUCACCCUAGGGUGCUUUGAAAAAGCCCUGAAGAUUGGGAACAGUUCACCUAAUUUGGAGGCAUUUCCACGUCAGUUGCGACUAUCCCCACCCCUUAUGAUCCUCUACAUUCAUUUUAUGUCCCUAAACAUCACAAUGUAAAUAUCAUCUUUGAUAUUCCAGCUCACCAGAAGAAUCUCCCACAUGUAGUCAACACUAUCCACACAUUAGUUCCUUGUAAUUACCUGCCAGUAUUUAAUUCCACAUAGCCUUUAAUCUGCUGAGUUAUUGAAUUCUGUUCACUGAGUCAUGACGAGAUAAAUAAUAGAUAUAUGCACAUGAAAGAUGCAAACUUGUAUGAUUUUUAAAGCAAGUCAUGCAAGUCUGUAAUAGGAACAGCAAGGGAUCACUCUGCACUUUCAUUGUCAAGGUUAGAUAUAUCACCAGUUGCAAAAGAGCCAGACCAGCUCCGCUCUGGUCAUCUUUGAGUUUAAGGCCCUUUGUUGUAUAAUAAGGUUGUGGAAGUUGUACUCCAAUGGCUGAGGCCAAGCUGUUAAGAUGACUGCGGGGAGCAUCCCAGCAGCUGACCCAGCACUUUUUAUGCUCCCAGUGUGGUUGAGCUUUACGUUCGCAGUCUCAGCAACAACACUCACACAAGCAGACACACAUACAGAUAAGUGAAACUUGAGAGAAUCUUUUCUGAGCCUCUUAAAUGAGGAAAAUGAUAAUAUGAAAGACUCUGAACACCCAAGGAGGGUGUCACAUAUAAAAAUUAAGCUGAUGGCUUUGCAGUGAUUCAAGUUCUCAGUUUGUUUUCCAUGGCUUACCAGGUAGAGUGUCUGACUAUUACUAUAUAAUGAAGCCCACUGGCUUGACUUGUAAGUUCAACCUAGACCACAAUCCUAGACCAUCAUGGAUUUAGGAGUAGAUUCUUCUUGAAAUUCAAUCUCCAGAAACUAGACAUUAGAAUGCUAGGGGCAGUUUCCCAGGGAAACAAGCAUGUUGCCUCAUGGAUGAAAGACUUGCAGCUCUAGUUUCAGCGAGUCAUUACAUCUACUUUACAUACAACAGAGAGGCAGCAGAGAAGCCUGUUGCCUGAUGUCACCUCUGGUGGCUGAGUGUAAAGUGUGUGCCAAGUCAGCAGCAUGAUUAUCAAAUCUGACAGUCGAGCUCAGGAUCACCACCUGAUUAUUUAGUAGACCCAUUUGUAAAGCAGCUUAGAAACCAAUUAAACAUGGAGGAUGAAUUGCCUUCCUAUCCCUGGAGAUGAGACGUCUUUUGGUUUCAUGAUUAAGGAUUGUUGCUGUUUUCUAGGCACUCUAUCCAUCACAUUGUAAAUGGUGAUGUGUGUCGUAGGUGUGCAGCUAUUUGAAGGAUUGAGAUAUUUUGUCAAGUAAAUCUCUUCAGUGUACCAGUUUGUGGGAGGGAUACAAGACACGUGGAUGGCAGUGAGAGAUCCUGCCUUGAGACCUUGACGGAGGCGUGGUGAGACACAUCCCAAUAAGCACAUGGAGGUAGGGUAACGGGCAGAGUAACGGGCAGCUCCACCUGAGCAAGUACACAGAAGGAUCUCAGCCCUGCAACGUGACCCAGGUAGGGCCACCACUAUGCCUUCCUUUGUCACCCAAGCUCCAACCACAGAGAGUUUGACAAAUUUGUGUUAUGGUGUUGGCUUGGCUUUGUAUUUUUAAUUAACUUUGGAUUUUUUAGUGGUUUUGUCAUAUUACUGUCUGAGUUGGGUAGGUAGGAUUAAUUUGAAAAGAGUAUACUAGUGUGGCCUCGGGGUAGAAUUUAGCCGUAAGCAUGUUGUUAGCCAGCCUGUAGACUGUUAAUUGCUUAAUAAUCUCAUUGGGAAAAUACUAGUAGUUUUACAUUUGGAUGACAUAAUUGGAAAAGCAGAUUAGCUGCUGCUAACUUUGAAAAGACUUGAGGUCGGGAUGCCAUUUUUCCAUGUCAUGACAUAAAAAGAUGCAAAUCUUCAGUCACUAACCAAGUUACUUAAAUUAGAAGACAUUAGCUAAAAGGUGUUUUGUUGAGUUUCCAAAUGGAUGGGUUUUCAUUUGGACAUCACAUCACUAAAUGCGUUGGAUUGGGUCUGCUUUGGAAAGAUACUUGUUUUAUCGUAUUUUUCCCAAAGCUAUCUAAUUCAGAUUUUGUUUUAUUCAAAUUUGCAUCCUAGAGGUUGAAGUUGGAGUAUGAAGUUGGAAAGCAUUUUUGAAGGCAGAAUCGAUUUAGCUGUGAGUGAAGCUCUCACGUACUUCUCAACAGACAUGAUAAAUUCACCUGCAUGAGUUGGCAGGUGGGAGAACCAAACUGGAUCACUGGGUAGGACUACUCAGUAAGGCAAUGAACUGCUUGCUUAGAGAAGCAUCACUAUCCCCAUUGAGAAAAUGUGUGGCGAGAUGCUAUAGCUACACAAUGUCAAAUGAAUGGGUCGAUUCAGUGCCCCCAAAUUCAAUUCUGUGGGGAAAACAUUGAGCCAGUUGUCACUGCUCUGUUAUGUGACUGGCAGACUAAAUUCUUCUUCUUCGUCAUCGUUGUUGUUGUUCUUUCUCAUUUCCACUCGCACAGCCUUAUUCUCAUAAUUAAACUCGGAUUCAUUUUCUCUUUGGUGUUAGCAAACUCCAACAACAGAAAUGGCAUCUGUGUAUUGAUAAUCAGCAGUUACCCUGGCAGGAGGCUAAUCAGAUAGGCUGGGUUCAGACAUCAAUCGUACCAUCUGAUAUUUUUGGGGAAAGAAAAAGUAUUAAUUCCCUUUCCAUUCUACUUCUCAUAAAUCUAGAAGCCCUCUUUACCAAGAGCAUCACAUUUUCCUCUGUAAUCCAUCGACUCAAAAGAAAGUUGCAUUGAGGGGUGGGCUGAGAGGGGUGG